AUGGUUGUGGAACUUGAGCUGAGUUUAAGACCCGAUGCCACAGAGUUGCAGAAAGAGAUGGAAGAAAGAAAGUCAGCUUGUGUGGAGGAUGAGAAUAAUUCAAAGCUGGAAGAGACUCCAGGCAGUUACCUGGCAGGCUCGGCCCUCCCUCCAGCACUGUCGUUGGAGACUGAGCCCCAGGCACUGCCGCAGGCUCUGAGCUCUGGCAUCUUGAACCCUGUUUUUCUGGUUAAGGAAUCUCAAGAGUUGUGGGCUAUUAAUCAAGGUUUUCAUAACAUCUCUGCGUCCACCUCUUCUGCCACCUGCUUCAGCAUGGCAGUCUCACGCAGCACGUCCUGUGCUCCCAGGACAGGCACGAAUAUCCAGGAAAUCAACAAGGAAUUGCGCUCCCAGCUGGCAAAGUGCAAACAGGAUUUCAGAGACCUGUCUGAGAAAUUCCUUAUAUCUCAAGCCACUUCGUACUCCCUGGCCAAUCAGCUACAGAAAUAUAAAUCCAGAGAGUACAAAGACAUCCUGGAGUCUGUGCUCGGGGAGAAGCUGCAGUUUGAGGAGGAGGAGCUGGCAGAGCAGCCCGGAGCAGCUGCAAGGCUCGGGAAAUCCAUUUCCCCAAUUGACCAUCAACCACAGGAGCUGAUCCAGAUUCAGGAGAAACUACAAGGAGGGCGAGAGUUGUCUCAACUCCUGAAACAGCUUUUCAGAGACCUACUUGCCCAGAAUGAGCCUGACAACUCCCAGUGGCCAUGUUUUCAAGAGAAAAUGCUUCAAGGACUCAAGCUGGCUGAGCGCCUUUACCAAAAGCUCUGCUCAGAAAAUCAUGAGGAUGAGGAGGGUGAAGUGGAAGAACUACCAGCUUCCAGGGUGCUGGAAAAACCUGAGGAAUUGAGUGAAUUACAGACAGACACCUUGGAGGAAGGCUCUUUGACUACCUUCCAUGGCCCUGACCUGUCUGACUCCAUGGAUCCUCCUAGUAACAUGGCGCCCACAUGUGAUGAACUGCAAGUCUGCUCUUCUCUGGAUGAGCCCAAACAUGAGAACACUCACAAGGAUGAACAAGAAGAAGAGUCAGUGGCUGGCAGGGAUCUCCAAAAACAGGAAGAAAUGAAAGAUGCACAGAUGGACACACUGAAUGAAGGCUCUUUCACUUCCUUGGACUGCCAUGACCUGUCUGACUUCCAGGAGCCUCCAAGUAGCAUGGACCUCAUGUAUCAAGAACGGGAAGUUCAUUCUCCUCUCGAUGAGGCCAUCUGUCCUCAACAAGUAGCAGAAAGUAAAAACACCAUGACCAUGGCCUGUGUCAGGGUCCUCCAGACCCAGUGCUUUCAGAGCUCCUGGUUGAGGGCUGCAGACUGGCAGAGAACAUUUUUAGCCACUUCAGCACAGGUUCUCAAUAGAUCCGCACCUCCACCUGCCACAAGUGACUGUUUCCUGCUGUCCCGUGUUCCAGUUGACAUUUGGGGGCCUCAGCACUAUCAGGACUACCCGGAAAAUUAUGAAGAUGAGGAGAAUGAAGAGGAACGAGAAUCUCCAGAUCCCAGGCUCAUCAGGGAGCUGGAGAAGGACACAGUGAAGGAAGUCCUGCAGGACUCAAUUGAUGAAUGUUAUCUGAGUCCUUCCAGUCACAACGACCUGACUGAUUCCCAACAUCCUCCCUGCAGCACCUCCUUUUUAUUUCCUGAGCAUGGAUUCUGCUGUGUUCCGAAUAUAAGCAUGCAGGCCACUGAUCCCAAGGGAGGCCAGAGUGAGGAGACUGCCGUGGCCAUGGCCACCUUGCAGCCCUCAUGA